AUGAGGUUCUUUCCGCAGAGCCUUUCUCUCCUAUUUACCUUGCCGGUUCUGGGUGCACCUGCAUCGUCCAGCAACAAUUCCACCAGUGCAGGCCUUCUAGUCCAGACCUCCAGCGGUCCCAUCCAGGGCUUCUUCAACCAGUCUGCCCCCGACGUCCGCCAGUUCUUAGGAGUCCCCUUCGCCGAACCCCCAAUCGGCGAUCUACGCUUUGCGCCACCGCUAAGCAAAAAGCCCAAUGGCACGACCAUCAAAGCCCUCGCUCUCCCUGACUCGUGCAUGCAACAGUUCAACUCGAACAGCUCGACGAUCUACACAGAAUACGAGAACGGAUUCCUGAUUAGCGGCGGGAAUUCGGAGGAUUGCCUGUAUUUGUCGAUCUGGGCGCCCCGGUUGGAGAAUGUUCGGUCCCAGCAGCGACCGCUCCCUGUGCUUCUUUAUAUCCCUGGUGGUGGGUUCACGAGUGGUGGGCAGGCGUCGCUGUAUAAGAUUCCCGAUCAGUGGGUUCAGCGCACGCAGGACCAUAUUGUGGUUAUUAUGAACUAUCGAGUUAAUGUCUUUGGCUUCCCUAACUCAAAGGCCUUGGAGGACCAGAAUGUCGGCUUAUUAGACCAGAGAUUGGCGGUUGAAUGGGUCCACGAAAACAUCGCCAACUUCGGCGGCGACCCUGCCAGAAUCGCCCUCUGGGGCCAGUCCGCCGGUGCUGCAAGCGUAACAGUCUAUCCCUAUGGAUACCCCGAGGAUCCCAUCGUCAAUGCCCUCAUUGCGGAUUCCGGUGCGCCUACUAUCAUCCGCAACCGCGAUGUCGCGCAGUCCAAUUUCACCUUCUUGGCUGGGCUAGUAGGUUGCGAUGAGGGCGACGACGUCGAGAUACUCGGCUGUGUUCGAGAGGUGCCUGCGCAGACACUGGAGAAUGCGCUGUCGUAUUACUCGGGAAAUAACUCCAGUCCUUCUCUGGCGUUUACUCCGAUCGUGGACAAUAAAACGGUGUUUUCCAACUUCACGCAGCGGGCGUUAGAGGGCAGGAUUGCAGACACGCCCCUGAUAAUCGGCAGCAACAGCAACGAAGGCGCCGGCUUCGUGCCCUUCACUCCGGCCGGACCAGGCGCUGAAGCCCUAUUUACCUCAACAAUGUCCAUAAUCGCAUGCCCCGUUGGAGAGGAAGCAAGGAGCCGUGCCCUCGCCGGUCUGACCACUUACAGAUAUGAAUACGCCGGCAACUUCACCAAUAUCUCGCCCCUACCGUGGUUCGGCGCGUACCAUAGUGCCGAACUACCUCUCCUCUUCGGCACGCAUUCCCAAUAUGGCGGUCCUUCAACCCAGUUUGAGUGGGAUGUCAGCUAUGCCAUGCAGGCGCUGUGGUUGUCGUUUGUGGAAGACCCGGCUCGGGGCCCUGUACAACCGGCUUUGGAUGGAGUUAAGGGGCAUCCUGAUAGGAGUGAGGCUGUCUUUGAAUGGCCUGCUUUUGAGGCUGGGUCUGGGGAUCUUUUGCUUUUUGCUGAGGAUGGGAAAGUCACGCAGGUGGUUGAUUCUGGGCGUAUUGACGGUUAUUGUUAGGUUUGCCAUACCAAGACAGAUAUAGGCCAUCUUCUCCUCAAAGCCCAUUAGAUAGAGAAAUCGAGUUCUUCUAUACAGUCC